AAUAACAUCGUCACCUAAUCUCAUUUGUCUCUCUCUGUCACUCACUCGAGCCUUCGAAAGCCUGCGAGCAUUAACAAUAUCGAAACACAACUCCUCAAGCGUCUCUCUCUCGCGUCUUGAGCUUUCUCAAAGGGGGAAAACUGAAAAACAAUGGCAGCAACAGCAACUUCUUCGUUUUCGAUUGUUUCUCACUCGUCUAGAUCCAGCUCCUUACCACAGUCGAGGAUACAAGCUGUGAAAUUUAACUCAACCCCUAGUUUGAGAUCAACAUCUCUGAUCUCUGGAUCUGAUUCCUCUGCCUUCAGCAAAGCUAUGCGCGGUUCUGUAAUGAAAUCACAAACAUCUGACAAGUCCCCGUAUGGUUUCAAGAUCAACGCUUCAUACAAAGUGGCUGUUCUUGGAGCUGCAGGAGGGAUUGGUCAGCCUUUGUCGCUUCUCAUCAAAAUGUCUCCUUUAGUCUCUACGCUUCACCUUUACGAUAUCGCCAAUGUCAAGGGAGUCGCUGCUGAUUUGAGUCACUGCAACACACCUUCUCAGGUUCGUGACUUCACUGGACCCUCUGAGUUAGCUGAGUGUUUGAAAGAUGUCAACGUUGUGGUUAUCCCUGCUGGUGUGCCGAGAAAGCCUGGUAUGACCCGAGACGAUCUCUUCAACAUCAAUGCCGGUAUUGUCAAGACACUUGUUGAAGCUGUUGCUGAUAACUGUCCUAAUGCCUUUAUCCACAUUAUCAGCAACCCUGUUAACUCUACUGUACCAAUCGCUGCUGAGGUGUUGAAAAAGAAAGGUGUUUAUGAUCCCAAGAAGCUUUUUGGUGUCACUACUUUGGAUGUUGUGAGAGCAAACACUUUUGUUGCUCAGAGAAAGAAUCUUAAGCUCAUAGAUGUUGAUGUUCCGGUGAUUGGUGGCCAUGCUGGAAUCACUAUCCUGCCUCUUCUCUCGAAGACUAAACCAUCUGUUAGUUUCACUGAUGAAGAGAUCCAAGAGCUGACUGUUAGGAUACAGAACGCUGGUACUGAGGUUGUUGAUGCUAAGGCUGGUGCUGGUUCAGCUACUUUGUCAAUGGCGUAUGCUGCUGCGAGAUUUGUUGAGUCGUCUCUUCGUGCUCUUGAUGGUGAUGGAGAUGUCUACGAGUGCUCGUUUGUGGAGUCGUCUCUGACGGAUCUUCCUUUCUUUGCAUCAAGGAUCAAGCUUGGGAAGAAUGGAGUUGAAGCUGUGAUCGAGUCUGAUCUCCAAGGGUUGACUGAGUAUGAGCAGAAGGCGUUAGAGGCUCUUAAGACAGAACUGAAAGGCAGCAUCGAGAAGGGUAUUGCAUUUGCAAACAAACCUGCUAACUAGAUCUUGAUUUCAUCUGAAAAGACGUGCUUCAUUCAAGCGGAUAACUUUUUUCUUCUGAUCAUUUUGAGUUUUGUUUUUGAAUCUUUUUUGCAUCGGCGAGACAUUUUCUUGUUGUAGAAUAAAGAAUGUAUCAGCUUUCAGUUUGAAGAUUUUGAUACAUGACAUUAAAGCAGAUUUUAUGAUCAUUACAUGACAUCAA